AUGGAGGUCGAUCAUGUCAAGAGCUUACUUGUGUCAGCAUGCAAGAGGUUGAAAAGUUCUCCUCCCUCGAGCAGCUCGCCGGGGCAGCGGGUCAGCUCGUCAGAGCAGGCACAGGAUGGAAAGUUUGACGAUGAAGACGUCGGGAUAGUUGUGUUCUCCUGCCCAUCUGAGCUCAAGGUGCCCAGCAACAAGACUUGGACUGCCGCGGGCCAUGCUGGGACAGGCGGCCUGCUUAAAGGCAUGUGGUCUGACUUCUGGGUCAGUGAGUUAGACGCCUGGGGAUCAAUCGUAUGGCCCAGGGACUUUGAAAGUGUCAACGUCUCAGGGCAGAGCCAGGGGGGGAGGAGGAAGAUCGUUCAGUUCUCUCUGGUGAAGACUGGCUGGGACACAAUGAGCGCGGUCUCCAUGAUCGCGCGGAAGCUCAACAUUCGCUUGUCGAAAGCAACGUCGGGUUGCUGCGGCCUCAAGGACAAGGGGGCGCUGACGUGCCAGAAGGUGACAAUCAACAGCCAGCAGGCCUCGUCCGACUUGACAGCCCUGAUGGGGCUGAACAAGCAGCUCGAGGGCAUCAAGAUAGCUGAUGUCGAGCUGGUCGAUCGGAUGCUGCGAUACGGAGAGCACAGCGGGAACCGGUUCACCAUCCUCCUGAGGAACAUCACGGUCAGCAACUCUCGAGUCUUCGAUGCCGUAAAGAGGCUUCGGCGCUUCGGGUUUGUCAACUACUUCGGACAUCAGAGGUUCGGGACCGGCCCAGUCCCCAGCACCGAAGUUGGCAGGCUGCUGCUGGGGAAGAGGUGGAGAGAAGCUGGAGAGGAGGUGAUGAGCACCAAAUACAUACGGCGCUGCCAUUCAGCUGGGGAAGCCAAGGCACGUCAGAUCUUCGUUGAGCAGGGAAACGCGAGUGCAGCAUUGGAGGCGUUUGCGACCUCGAGGAACGUCAACGAGUCGCUGAGGCAGGCGUUCUCAAAGCUGGCGCGCGCAGACCUGUGGAGGCAGGCGUACACUUCGCUCGUUUGGAAUCGAAUGGCGACCAAACGGCUCAUGGAGUAUGACAGGAGGAAGGCGGUUGUUGGUGACCUCGUGGCGGUGAAACGCUACGACAAGACUUUCGUCGACGUUGUGAAGGAAGAGGAUGUCGCAGCUGGGCGAUACUCCAUCGCACAGGUCGUUCUCCCUGUCUUCGCGCGCAACAAGAAACUUCUGUUCCCUAAGAAUGCCGUCGGGUCGUCGGCGCGUGCUUCGCUGCAGGCUGACGGGCUUUCAUUUGAGGAGGUAGACCUCGAAGCAUCCAAAGCUCCUUUCCCGCUGGACGACUCUGUAUGCCCGAUGCGUUUCCUCAUCAUGAACUGCUCGAAUCUGAGCAUGAAGGUCGUGACGUAUCGAUCGCCAGCUGAUGUUCUGUACGACGAGAUGCUGGACUCGCAUCUCAAUUCGACGCAGGGAGGGUCAGGACAAGGUAAGAGCAAGUCGAAGAGAGCACAAGAGCAGCAGCUGCCCUUCAAGGGGCUUAUCCUCAGCUUCUCGCUCCCCCCAAACUCCUUCGCAACCAUGGCAGUCAGAGAGAUCACUCGGGAGGGAACCCAUCCUUCGGUGCAUGACGCGUUUCGUGAUGAAGUCCUUCAAAGGAACGCAGACGAUGCACAAGCAGGCGAACGAAGGAGCGGGUUGCAGCCUGUCAAGAAGCAGCACAAGGGAAACAGGCGGACGGAGCGAAGGAAGAAACUGCGAAGGAAAGCAGCGAUUUCACGCGAGCUGGUGAAGAGGAGGAAACGUCGGGAGCCGGCGAAAUCAAUCAGAAGGAAAUAG